AUGUCGCUCAGAAAAUUUGUCAUGUCCGGUAUUCAGGACGUUUUGGUAAGUCGAAUGACAGCUAAAUUCAGAAAAAAUCGAAUCGAUUACUGUAGCUCUGCUUACAUUUGAAUUCACGCGCGUUCACAGAACAACGUUCCCGUCGCUUUCGAUUCUCACAACAAACAGCGCUAUCAAUUCGCUUCGCUUUUUUUUCAAUUUUCUUAUCGUACGCCGGAAACCAAGUCGAUAUCAAUAUAUUUUUGUGAGUCAGUCGGCCGAAUUGUUUGUUCUCCGAUGUACAAACAUCUCUUUCUCUCGCGCCCUGCCUCUUCUGCCCGCGCCGCUUCGCCUGAACACGUGUCCUCUGCGGACUGCUCAGGGCUCAUCUCGCAUCCUCUGCUCGUCUGAGUUUAUCAAUUUAGUCUCUCUAUUUCCGUCGGCGGCGCCAGAAGAAAACUCUUUGCUCUAUCUAUUUGUCUUUUCCUCUCAACUUCAUCGGCUCGGUUUCAGGAGAACAAGCUCGGCGGACUGACCGGUAAUAAUCAGAGCAACAACAGUCAGCAACAGCAAAACAGCUCGAGCUCGACGUCUUCGCAACCCCUGCAACAAGACUACAACAUGAAUCCAGGAGGUUCGCAUUUCUCAGUGAUUAUGCUCAUCUGAGUGUUUUCAGGAUACCCAACUCAACAACCUUAUGGGAACGCCGGCUACGGAAUGCCGCCUCAACAGCCCGGCUACGGAAACGCCGGGUACAAUCCAUACGGCCAGCCGCAACAGCCGCAACAGCAGAACGCGCCAUACCCGGGAGGGAACCAGGGUGGCUAUCCAGGUCAAGAGGCACCUUAUCCAGGAGGUGGAGGCCCCGGAUAUCCGAGUGCUGGAUAUCCACAGGCCCCGCAAUACGGAUUUGCUGGAGGACCGCAGCAGCAGCAACCGGGAGGAUAUCCCCCGCAACAACAGCAAUCGUACCCGCAACAAGGACCACCUAUGGGCGGAGGACGAGGACAAUUCUUUCCGAAUCAAGGAUACGGACAGCCAGGUACUAGGGGUACUUCAAUAUUCCGAUGAGUCAUCGGACACAUUACGAAAGAGGCGGCUAUUCCGAGUGGGAGGGCGGGCGAGGAAGAGAGAACGUAAAUAUGACAAACCAGUCGGUGUUUCCCCCCAAUUGUUGUCAGUGUCAUUCGCUUUGUUUAUGAGUUCUCUGGAAACUGUUUGCAAAGACGACUCAUUUCAUAUUUUAAAACGUCAUUCCGCUCUAGAAUUCGUGUUCUGACAUAUCAUCUCGUGCCCCGGAAUUGCGCACAAAUAGAGAUUAUCACGUAGACAUCCACAUCGAAUUCCCUUCCUCUCCACAGUUUCCCCCCUGCUCUUUCCGACUACUUUUGUCCGUCCCUUUUACCCUCGCACUCUACGCCUCUCCGACUGUACCAUUCCCUCGAUUAAUCAAACACUUUCCGUCAUUUUCUUAUUCUCCUAACUUGACCAAGGUCGGCAAUCAUCGACCGCCCUGAGGGGACGUACAGAAUUCCACAACAAUUUAUUUCAUUGCCGUUUCCAGUAAUGAUCGGCAACCCAUCUCUCGUUCCCGUGCCCGGAUUCAAUGCGAACGCGGACGCGGAGGUGCUGAGGAAGGCAAUGAAAGGCCUCGGAUGCAACAAUUCGAAAGUGAUCAGCGUGCUCUGUCAGCGCACCAACUACCAGCGUCAAGAGAUCUCGCGCGCAUUCAAAGUGAUGUACGGCAAGGAUUUAAUCAAGGAACUGAAGGGCGAAUUGCACGGAGACUUCGAGGAUCUCAUCCUUGCUCUUCUCGAUGCUCCGGCCGUUUAUGACGCGAAACAGCUGCACAGGGCGAUGGAAGGACUCGGAACGAAAGAAUCCGUGCUCAUCGAGAUCAUGACUUCGAGGACGAACGCGCAGACGCAGCAAGUGAGAGACGCCUACAAAGCGCUCUACAAAAAGGAUCUCGAGAGGGAUUUGAUCGGAGAGACCAGCGGACAUUUCAAGCGACUUCUCGUUUCCCUCUGUGCCGGCGGUCGUGACGAAUCCAACCAAACGGAUGCUCUUCGUGCCAACCAAGAUGCUCGCCGCCUCUAUCAGGCCGGUGAGAAGCGUCUCGGAACUGACGAAUCGACGUUCAAUGCCAUCCUGGCCAGCCAGAAUUUUGCGCAGUUGCGACUAGUCUUCGAGGAAUACCAGAAGAUUUCCAAUCAUCCGAUUGAGAAGGCGAUCGACGCCGAGUUCAGUGGAGACGUCCGCGACGGACUUUUGGCCGUCAUCGCCGUCGUUCGCAAUCGGCCCGCCUACUUCGCCAAGCUGCUUAAUGACAGCAUGAAAGGUAAUAUACUUUGCAGAAACUGUUUUGGUCCAUCAUUCAUUCCGUUUAUUUCCAGGACUCGGAACCCGUGACAACGAUCUGAUCCGUCUGUGCGUGACGCGCGCCGAAUACGACAUGGUCGACAUUCGCAACAUGUUCCAACAACUGUACCGCACCACGCUCGAGAAUAUGAUCAAGGGCGACUGCUCCGGAGCCUACAAAGAAGGACUCAUCGCUCUCGUGACCGGAAAUCGCGGAGCCCAAUAA